UUGUUUAUUUUGGAGUCUUGGAGUGACAUGUGAUGUGAUCAAGUUGAAGUCACAGAAGUUGUUAAUGUCGAAGGUAUAUUCCUAGAUUUUAGCAAUAAAGUGAUAAAAAUGGGAGAAGUCGAAAAAAAGGCAGCAGAAGAUGCAAGAAAUUUUGUUUCGAAGAUAUUAGGAGACAUUAGCAAAUCCUCAGCCACUAAACAAAUUGUUCUAGGAGCAUCUUCAGGAUGGGUUACUGGGUUUUUAGCUAUGCGAGUAGGAAAAACUGCAGCCCUUGCUCUAGGUGGUGGUAUUAUUUUAUUACAAAUUGCAAAUGAAAAAGGAUAUAUAAAAGUUAAUUGGGACAAAGUUAACAGGAAUCUCGAUAAAGUUGCAGAUAAAGUAGAGGAAAAAAUCUCUGGAGAAGGUCCAUCAUGGAUGGAUAAGGCUGAAAGAUACGUUGAUAGGAAAGCAGAUCAGGCAGUGAGUAAAGUGAAAAAAGGACAACAAAAGGCUAAGAAAUGGUAUUCUAGUUUUACUGGAGAUGAAUGCAAACUCAAAGAAGUCCACAUAUUUAUUGUAUCCUUUGCUGCAGGCGUAGCAAUUGGUAUUGGAUCUGCUUAAAUUAAGUUACUGUUUUGUAGUCAUUGUAAAAUAAUUAAAUACUUAGUUGUGUAAUUAAUAAGCCUCUCAGUACUCAUAUUUGAUUUAAUUUGCAGUAUUUUUAAUAUAUUUUUUGUAGAUAUAUAUACCCAAUAUGUACUAACUAAGUAUUAAAUAAAAUAUUUAUUCUAAUUUA